UCACUUGUAAAGAAGAAGGCAAGCCAAGACAGAGCAUACAACACACAAGAGCAAGAGAAAAAGCUAUGACGACGUUGCGCAGAUUUUGCUGCAAUGAUCUGCUUCGUUUCACUUCCGUCAAUCUCGAUCACCUCACGGAAACCGUGUCGAUUCGGUUGUGAUGACAAUCUCCUUCGGGCUUUUUUUUUUUUUUUUUUUUUUUUGCAGUUCAACAUGUCUUUCUAUAUGACCUACUUAGCCAGAUGGCCUGAUUACUUCCAUGUCGCGGAGGCCCCUGGGAACCACAUAAUGGGCUACAUCAUGGGAAAAGUUGAGGGGCAAGGCGAGUCAUGGCACGGUCAUGUAACUGCUGUAACUGUUGCUCCAGAAUAUCGCAGGCAACAAUUAGCUAAGAAGCUUAUGAACUUGCUUGAGGAUAUUAGCGAUAAAGUUGAUAAAGCUUAUUUUGUUGAUCUCUUUGUGAGGGCAUCAAACACCCCUGCAAUCAAGAUGUAUGAAAAGCUUGGCUAUGUUAUCUAUCGGCGUGUGCUGCGUUAUUAUUCCGGGGAGGAAGAUGGAUUAGAUAUGAGGAAAGCAUUAUCCCGGGAUGUCGAUAAGAAGUCCGUCAUCCCCCUGAAAAGGCCAGUGACUCCCGACGAACUAGAAUAUGAUUAACGUAAGAGAAAUGGAGUUUGAUCAUUGAUGGAGAAGAAACAUCAUGUACUCAAUGAGUUGAGGAUAGCGAGGUUAGCUAUUGUCAUCUUGAAAACGUGUUGUACGUGUAUCCUAAACAUGUUUAUUUAACUUGUAUUAUCCUAAUGAAUAAUCAAGCUAAACAUUUUACUUCAACUAUGUAAUAGCCUGUACUUAAACUUGAAACUGUUAUUUCAUCUAAUUCUUUUUCAAUGUCACUAAUGUUUUUGGAAUA